AUGCUCGAGGGCUGCCCCCCUGAUAAACUCAGAAGAAUGCCCGGCCCUGCUGCGCGGUUGGCGGUCCUGUCGCUGCUGGCUGGCGGCACAUACUGUGACGCUGCGUGCCCCUCCGGCACUCGUGCUUCCCCUGGUCACGACUCGGCCGCGGCGUUUGUCUCGCACGUUCCUGUCACUGCAUCCUUCAACCCGUUCUCGAGGGUGCGCAAGGCGGGCAAGCGGGCCAUACCCGGGACCAGACCAGAAAGUGACGAGACAACGCUAGGGCAAGCUCUCCCGGGAGGACGCCCGCUGCUGUCGUUGACCCCCGUCAAGGCCGAGGGAAGCGAUGGGGCACCCCCCCCACCCGCCCCGAAUGCCGCUGGAAAAGAGGGCGCUGCAUCGCCGCCGCCCGGCGGCAGCUCAGCGGCGCCGGGGGAAGCGCCUCCGGCGGGAGGCAGCAUUAAGGAAGCCAUCUCGGCGUUUUCGAAGGGUGAAAUCGCCAAAUCUGACUUGGAGAAGCUCGUGAAAGAAAAGGAGGCGGUGGAACUAGAGGCGGCAGAACAACGGCAGGCGGAGACGUUGCGCCAGGCUGCCCAGGCCAAGGCACAGGUCGCCGCGAAGGAGAAGAUGGACGCCCUCAUGGUGGCCGGGGCGACCGCGACGGUGGGCCUCGUCGCCGGAGGGCUGGGAGAUGGGGCGUUUGCGGGAGGGGAUGCCCCGUGGGCACCCCCUGUGGGCGCGGUGGCCCUUGGGGGGCUCGGCUACGCUGCAGCCACGACGGACGGUGUGGUGGGGGAAAACACCCGCCGGGUUAUCGGAGGGUUCGUGGCAUGGCUGCUGGCGUCCUUGAAAGAGGCGGCCUCGUCAGCCGUGGACAACGCGAAGUCAUCCGCAACUAAGAAGGUGGAUGAAACCGUGGCGAGCAUCAAGGCCGUCCCGGACAACGCUCAGGCGGCGGCGAAGCAGAAGGCGGACGACCUGGUGGCCUAUAUCAAGAGCAUCCCCGAGACGAUCGCGGGUGCCACCAAGGCAGCGGUGAAGUCUGCCCAGGACGAUGCCAAAGCGAAGGUCGACUCCAUUAUCGCGGACAUCAAGGCCGCGCCCAAGAACCUGCAGAAGGAGGCCGCAAAAGCCGGCGAGGCCGCUCUGGGAGAGUUGAAGAAGGUGCCGGAAAAGGUGACGGAUGCGGCAACAGAGGCCGCCAAUAGUGCGGCGGACACGGCCAAGAAGACCGCAGACGCUACGGUGAAGGAGCUGACGGCCAUACCAAACAAGGUUAUCGGCGACGCGGUCAGCAAGGUGGAGGCCGUGCUGCCUACCCCGCCGGCACCAAAGCCGGCAGCGCCGAAGGCACCCGCCGCACCUAAGCCGCCCGCCCCAUCUAAGCCGGCCGCCGCAUCGAAGCCAGCAGCACCGAAGCCGCCUGCUGCAUCUGCUUCCCCCUCGUCGCCGGUGAAGCCGUCGCUGCCGCCGCCGCCGCCGGCCGCUGUCAAGACGCCCCCCAAGCCCGCACCGAAGCCUGCAGCUAAGAAGCCUGCACUAACGAAGCCUGUUGCCAAGUUCACGGCGAAGUCUGUGGCGGCUCCCGCUCCACAGAACAAGGCGGCGGCCGCCGCUCCCCCCGCCCCGGUGGCACCUCCGGCGGCUGCCGCUCCCUCCAAGAAAAUGCCUCCGCUCAGCGCGCCGUUGCGCACCAAGUCCGGGGUGAAGGCUACCUCUGCUCCUGUGGCUGCUGCCGCAACUCCUUCGGCGAAGAAGGACACAGCCGCGGCCGCUGCCCCCCCCGCCGCUGCUGCUAAGAAGGCGGCGCCGUCCUCUCCAUUUGGUGGCCUGUUCGGCGGCAAUGGAGGCAACGGCGCGAAGGCUGCGGCACCGAAGCCCACGGUAGCUGCUCCGGCGAAGAAAGCGCCCCCUGCAUCCCCGCCCUCCACGGCCUCCAAGGCCAAGGCCAAGGCCAAGGCUCCGUCUUCUCCCUUCGGCGGUCUCUUCGGCGGCAACGGUGGGAACGGCGCGAAGCCGGCGGCACCGAAGCCGGCGGCCGCUGCUCCGGCGACGAAAGCCCCCCCGGCAUCCCCGCCCUCCGCGGCCUCCAAGGCCAAGGCCAAGGCCAAGGCUGCGUCUUCUCCCUUCGGCGGCCUCUUCGGCGGCAACGGUGGGAACGGUGCGAAGCCGGCGGCACCGAAGCCGGCCGCCGCUGCUCCGGCCAAGGAGGCACCCGCGCCCGCUGCACCCAAGGCUAAGGCUCCGGCAUCGCCCUUCGGCGGCCUCUUCGGAGGCAACGGCGGCGGCGCCGAGAAGAAAAAGGAAGCGGCACCAGCAACGCCUCCGGCGGCGGCGGUGAAGAAAGCCCCGAUGUUGAGCGCGCCGUUACGAUCGGCCUCCAAGCCCGCUGCCGCGAAGCCCGCACCCAAGGCCGCUCCGAAGAAGGCCGCUCCCGCGCCGAGGGUUGUCGCAAAGAAGGCGGCGCCCGCGGCGGCCAAGAAACCCGCUCCGGCUGCGUCCGGCGGCGGGGGGGGGAUGUUUGGGAUGUUCGGCGGCGGCGGGGAGAGCAAAGCUGCUACGAGCCCUGCUCCGGCUGGCCGCAAGGCGCCGGCACCAGCAAAGGGAGCGGCAGCAACUACAUUCUUUAAACCGGCGCUCGUGAAGCAGCUGUCGAAGAAGAUGAACGAAGACCAGUUAAAAAAAUUGGAUGCUAUGACUGCCAAGUACGCCAACAGCGGCUCGCCCACGGCGUACGUGAACAGCGCGGCGCAAUUGGUCGGGAAGGGUGUGAUCUCGGAUAUUCUGCCAGAUCUGGUGGGAUCCCUGCCACAGGGGAAGCAAAAGUCAGACCUCUUCACGGUGUACUCGACGUACUGACCUGGGAGGUGCCUGGCUGCUGAUUGGUUAGUUUAGACCGCAAUGGACGACGGGGAAGGAGGAGUAGCUCGGGUGCUUUCUCGUGCCAGCUGUUGAGGCCGUGCUCAGCGGUGGCGGCGUUUGGGUGGUGGUGGUGGUUGUGGUUGUGACGAUGACCACCCCACCAAUGGCGAGCUGUUGUCACCACGUAUGAUGAUGAUUCGUGUUUUUUGUGGCUCCUUGUUUUGGCCGGCUUUAGGCGUGAAUGAGUAGACGAGCGUGUGGGAAUGGCGCCCGCUCUGCUCGGCAUCUUUUGUCAAGGCAGGAGUUGCAGAAGCGCCUCCUCGUAUUUGGACGACUGAGGGCAGAGGGCUGGCGACUGCCGAACCCUCGUCCUUGCAUCGAAGUAACCCCGGGGGGGGGGGAGUUGCGUGUGUGCAGAAAGGGGGUUAUACAUAUUUCGCGCAUGCAAGCCUUGGCACUGCUGGAUGGCUGACCCCGCAGCACGCAUGCACGCUGGGGAAAAGACGAUAGGUGGCAGCGCGAGGGCUCGUACCACGUGGUUUGUCGCCCCCUCCCGAAUAAUCCCCGGCAAUGGUACGGUAGUGCGGUGCUUCUCCCUUGUCUCUGCAGGGUUCGAUAGUUGUUCUUCACACGAAGCUACCGCUGUGUUUGGGUUGCGUGGCAGCACCGCCGGAUGCAGGUGACGGGCAUGGCCCAUGUGCGUCUCUGAUCUUUCGUUCACCUUUCAAAGCUAGGAUAAUUAUGGAGUUCUCGGUUCUUGAGCCAAACGUACGGAAAAAGGUGUAGCGGGUGGAGAAGGGGGGGCGGGCGACAAGCGCGAGAAUCGUCACCAGGUUGCGGUGGGCAGGGGCGAUUCGAUGGCCGUUUCGAGCAUGCCGGCAGUGUUGGCGGAGGUGGGUAGAUGGUGGAGGACAAGCGAGCAAGCGUUGCAGCUCCUGUGUGGUAGUCUCACACACUUCGGGUUUUGUGGUGGUGGGGGCGGUGGUGUAUACAGCAGGUGAAAUAGGAGAAAGUGCCAUUUCGUGAUUGGGUGGACAUCGAAGAAAAAACAGAGAAGGGAGAUGCGAUUGGGGCCCUCUUUUGUGUCGUUUUCUUGAGCAUUAAAGGUGCGAAUUUGCUGGACUUCCUACAAGCGCAUUCAACGUAACAAAUAAAUAGAUAGGUGGGACACGCCGGGUUUUGGAGUUUGGCCCCAAUCUGCAUAAUUGAUGUGUUUCGUCGCAAACCGCACGAAAUGAUUCCAAGGAUUUGGUUGAACCAAGAGAAUGUAGAGAGGGGAGAAUGCUUCCCUCAAGCAAACACUAUCUCGGUUGGUAUCACUCCAAUAGCGGUAGGAUCAGCACCUCCUUCCCGAAGUAGCUAGAUUGCCGAAGACGAUUGAUUGCCGAUCGAGGUUAUUUGUCUACUACUGCUGUAGUAGCUAUUCAAAGGCGAAUAAUGUGUUUACCAACGCUUGGUUGUAAAUUCAUGUGACGGGGCGGGUGGCUGACUCGCCCGCAAUAAAAGGUAGAGAUGGACACUAAAAACUGCCGGGCCUAGACUACAGCAGCAGCAGGAAUUCUCCUCCGCGACCCCGAAUUGGAUCUCUCAGGCUAGAUAGGCUUGGAAGCUGAUUGGGCAAUGACUGGAAUGACAAAAAGACGGCGAACAACGAUCGAUCGUGUGCCAAGGGAGGUGGUCCUGACGU